AUGAUGCGGGUGCACCGACCUCUUGGCAUCGGCAGCAUGCUGCUGUGCCACCCUUUCUCGGCCUGCCUCGUCGGCAGCAGGGCGGCGUCGGGCGGGCGCCGCCGGGGGGAUAACAAUGGGUCGCCGUCGCCGGAGCCAUCGGCGAGCACGUGGAGGAAGCCGGAGCCCGGGCGGCUGAAGCUCAACUUCGACGGGUCGUCGAAGCACGGCGCGUCCCGGCGCGCGAGCAUCGGCGGCGUGUACCGCGACCACGAGGGCGGGUUCGUGCUGGGCUACGCGGAGCGGAUCGGCGCCGCGACCAGCUCCGUGGCGGAGCUCGCGGCGCUCCGGCGAGGGCUGGAGCUCGCGGUGGCCAACGGCUGGCGCAGCGUAUGGAUCGAGGGCGACGCCAAGACCGUGGUGGACAUCGUGCGGAGCCGCGCGCGGGUGCGGGCACAGGAGGACCUGCGCCUGUGCGGGGAGAUCGAGGCGCUGCUGCCGCUGCUCGACGACAUGAGCGUCUCGCACGUCCGCCGGCAGGGCAACCGGGUGGCGCACGGCUUCGCCAAGCUCGGCCACAGCGCCGCCCGGCCCAGGGUGUGGCGCGACGUCCCGCCCGACGAGGUGCUCAGGUUCCUGCAGCGCGACGCCGAGGGGAGAUGA